AAAUAAAAACCCUAAAAUUGGAGAACGAAUAGUUGAGAUCGCCGUUUGGAUCGGGUUUCUCUGAACCCAUCGGAAAGCUGAAAAGAAAAAAAGAGAUCUGAAGAGAGAAGAACAAAACUGAGUUUCUCUCCUUUCCAACCUUGUACUUAUGUCCGAAUGAAAUUAUUAGUUACGCAAAAGGAAUGACGAGUAGCUCGUCAUCUAAGAAACAAGCUCAAGAUCCGCCUGAAACCUCCGAGCCCACUUUGAAAUCCCUCAGAACCAAGAUGACCAAAUCCGACGAAAAGAAGAAGCUUAAAGACAUUGAGAUAAGCGUUCCACUUGUGUAUGGCAACAUUGCUUCCUGGCUUGGCAAGAAGGCUAGCGAAUACCAAUCUCACAAAUGGUCUGUAUAUGUUCGUGGGGCAACUAACGAAGACAUCAGUGUUGUAAUAAAGAAAGUUGUCUUCCAGCUUCACUCUAGUUUCAACAACCCCACAAGAGUCAUCGAGGAGCCUCCAUUCGAGGUUUCCGAAUCUGGCUGGGGAGAAUUCGAGAUUGCUAUUACAUUGCAUUUCCACAGCGACGUCUGUGACAAGCCAUUGAGUUUAUAUCAUCACUUAAAGUUAUACCCAGAAGAUGAAUCAGGUCCUUUGACUAUGAAGAAGCCUGUGGUUGUGGAACACUACGACGAGAUUGUGUUUCCUGAUCCUUCUGAAAGUUUUCUUUCCAGGGUUCAGAAUCACCCCGCUUUGACGUUUCCUAGACUACCCUCUGGUUACAACUUGCCUGCUCCUAUGCAAGUUGAUGAUAACGGGAAAAAGAAGAGAGGUGAUACUAAAGAUCAUAGCUUGGGACAAUGGUUCACGAGCUUCUCUGAAGCUGAUGAGUUGUUACAGCUUGCGGCUGCUCGUCAACAGGUUCAAGCUCAUAUUGCUAAACUCAGGCGACAAAUAAGUUUGCUCGAGGGACAGAAUCAGACCAUCAAAACAGGUUCUGAUCCGUGAAGUUGUUGCCAGUUUCCAUUGAGUUGCUUUGUUGUAACAUUAAUGUGUACCAGUAUUAGCUUAGAGUUCGUACCAUUCCUUUCAUUUUGUAUUUGAUAAAAAUAAAAAAAAGAUUAGUUGAAAAAACCCUCUAGGGUGAUUCU